GCCUCCGCCAGCACAAAUAGUCUAGGACUCAUGUCGGCCAAGGCGAUUCGCGAAUACGACGGCAAGCGCCUGCUGGGCAAGUGGCUGAGCGACUACUCCAGUGGGAAGCAUACACUGGAGAGCCGCUUCGUCCAAAUCACCCCCGAUAUCUUUGACGCCAAGAUCCCCACGGUCACGUUCGACUCGAUUGCGCGCGAAAACCCGUGGUUGUUGCAGACCAAGCUUGUCGUGAAGCCCGAUCAACUGAUCAAGCGCCGCGGCAAGGCCAACUUGCUCCUGUUGAACGCCACGUGGGACGAAGUCAAGCAAUGGAUCAAGGAACGCAUGAGCCGCGAAAUUCAAGUCGAAGUCGUGAGCGGCAUCUUGGACCAUUUCAUUGUCGAACCGUUUGUGCCCCAUGCCUCGACGGACGAGUACUAUUUGUGCAUCCAAUCCAACCGCGAAGGCGAACAAAUCCUGUUUCACCACGAAGGCGGUGUGGACGUGGGUGAUGUCGACGCCAAGGCCCUCCGCUUCCAAGUCAACUUGGAGCACACGCCCACGGAAGGCGACAUCGUGGCUUCCUUGUUGAAGCACGUGUCGUCGGAUCGUCAAACCAUCAUCGCAUCGUUCAUUGCGUCCUUGUUGGCCUUGUACCGCGACUUGAACUUUGUGUACAUGGAAAUCAACCCGAUUGUCGUGGUGGGGGACAAGAUCAUUCCGUUGGACAUGGCCGCCAAGUUGGACGAAACGGCGAACUUUUUGUGCGGCAGCAAGUGGGGUGAAAUCGAAUUCCCGGCCCCGUUUGGCCGUGCCAAAUUCCCCGAAGAAGCGUACGUCGCCGAAUUAGAUAGCAAGACUGGCGCGUCCCUGAAGCUGACCAUUCUGAACCAUCGCGGUCGCGUGUGGACGAUGGUGGCUGGCGGCGGUGCGUCCGUUGUGUAUGCCGACACCAUUUCCGACUUGGGGUUUGGCCACGAAUUGGCCAACUAUGGCGAGUACUCUGGCGCGCCGUCCGAGGCCCACACGUACCAAUACGCUCGCACGAUCCUCGACCUGCUGACCCGCGAACACGAUCCUCGCGGCAAAGUGCUGAUCAUUGGCGGUGGUAUUGCCAACUUUACCGACGUGGCUCUCACGUUCAAGGGCAUCAUCAGUGCCAUCACCGACUUCCAAGACAAGCUCAAAGAACGCAACGUGACCAUUUGGGUUCGCCGAGGGGGCCCCAACUACCAAGAAGGGCUGCGUCUUGUGCGCGAAGUGGGCGUGUCCACUGGCGUGCCCAUCCACGUGUUUGGUCCUGAAACGCACAUCACGGCGAUCGUGCCCAUGGCGUUGGGCCUGAUCCAAGCGCCCGAACCGUUGAGCGGCGGCUCCAUCCCGUCUCCUCCUGCCAAGUCCCCCCCGCAACCUUCGCCGAUCGCGUCGCCCCAAUCCACGAACAAGAAGACCCUUGCGUCCGACACCCACGAUGCGGCGACUUCCCCGACUGCGGCCACGUCCACCACCUCUGGCGUCAAAGUCAUCCAAGACGAAGGCAUUGUGCGCAUGGAAUCCAACACCAGAUGCAUCGUGUACGGCAUGCAGCAACGCGCGGUGCAAGGCAUGCUGGACUUUGACUACUUGUGCAAACGCGACACGCCGUCCGUGGCGGCGAUGAUUUUCCCCUUUAGCCAAAACCACUACCUCAAGUUCUACUGGGGCACCACCGAACGCCUGAUCCCGGUGUUUCAGUCCCUUGAAGAAGCCGCCAAGAAAUUUCCCGACGUGAGUGUCCUCGUCAACUUUUCGUCGUUCCGGUCCGUGUACUCGUCGACGAUGGAAGGGCUGGCGUGCAGCGACACGAUCAAGACCCAUGCCAUCAUUGCCGAAGGCGUGCCAGAAUCCCAAACGCGCUUGAUCAUCAAGCGCGCCAAGGAGUUGAACGUGGGGCUCAUCGGGCCCGCCACCGUCGGCGGCAUCAAGCCUGGCUGCUUGCGUAUCGGCAACACGGGUGGGAUGCUGGAUAACAUUGUCCAGUCCAAGCUGUACCGCCCUGGCUCCGUCGCGUACGUGUCCAAGUCGGGCGGGAUGUCGAACGAACUGAACAACAUCAUCAGCCAAACGUCGGACGGCGUGUUCGAAGGCGUGGCCAUCGGCGGCGACAAGUACCCUGGGUCCACGUUUAUCCAGCACUUGCUGCGUUACCAGCAAAACCCGCAGGUCAAGAUGAUGGUGCUGCUCGGCGAAGUGGGCGGGACCGACGAGUUUGAAGUGUGCCGGGCGAUUCAAAGCGGCGUCCUCUCUAAGCCCGUGGUCGCGUGGUGCAUUGGCACGUGCGCCAAGAUCUUCCCCUUCGAAGUGCAGUUUGGCCAUGCCGGCGCGUGCGCCAACGGCGAGUCCGAGACGGCCGAGGCCAAGAACGCCGCACUGGCCCACGCCGGCGCGAUCGUGCCCAAGAACUUUGACCUCUUUGGCCACGCUAUCCGCGAAACGUACGACAAACUCGUCGCGUCCGGUGUGCUCGUGCCUCGCCCAGAGGUGCCGGUGCCGGCGGUGCCUAUGGACUAUGCGUGGGCUAAGAACUUGGGGCUGAUCCGCAAGCCAGCCAACUUUAUCUCGUCCAUCACGGACGACCGUGGCGAGGAGCUGACGUACGCGGGCAUGCCGAUCUCGGAAGUGUUUGAGCAAGACUUGGGCGUGGGAGGCGUGCUGGGCUUGCUCUGGUUCAAGCGAAAGCUGCCGCCGUACGCGACCAAGUUCAUUGAGUUUGUGCUCAUGGUCACCGCCGACCACGGCCCCGCCGUCUCUGGCGCGCACAAUGCGAUCGUGACGGCGCGUGCCGGCAAGGACUUGAUCUCGUCGCUCGUGUCUGGCCUCAUGACCAUCGGACCCCGCUUUGGCGGUGCGUUGGACCAAGCCGCGGACAUGUUCACCAAAGCACAUGACUCUGGGCUGUCGCCGCUGGACUUCGUCAACAAGAUGAAGGCGACUAACCAGCUCAUCAUGGGCAUCGGCCAUCGCAUCAAGAGCACGACCAACCCCGACAAGCGUGUGACGAUCAUCAAGGAGUUUGCGCUGAAGCACUUCCCCGGCAACAGCAUCUUGAACUACGCGCUCGAAGUGGAGAAGAUCACGACCAAGAAGCGGUCGACGCUCAUCCUCAACGUGGACGGGUGCAUUGCCGUGUGCUUUGUCGACUUGCUGCGCAACUGCGGCGCGUUCACCCAGGAAGAAGCCGACGACCAAAUCGCCGACGGAUGCCUCAACGGGCUCUUCGUGCUCGGGCGGUCCAUCGGGUUCAUUGGCCAUUUCUUGGACCAAAAGCGGUUGAAGCAGCCGUUGUAUCGUCAUCCGUGGGACGACAUCUCGUACAUGAGCGACAGCCUGUAAACACCAUGUAUCACAUUAUUCAGUUCUUAAAAAAACUAAAAACAAAAGCAAUUAUUGUGAAGUCGCGA